AUGUCAGUUGUCGGGGUUCAAAAAUGUCCGCCCCACCCUGACAUUGUUAAAUCUUUGCUUCUGAAUCAGGUAGCACCUCACCUCUCGCAUUACAAGCGUAUGAUGAACGGCAUCGGUGACGAGUUGCUCAGAUUUGACUACUACAAACGCUUCGGGAUAAGCCUUUCCAAGGUCGACGAGGUGUACCAGAGCCGUUCGUUCCUCACUCCGGAGGUAUUGUCUGACAACGUCCGGAUGCUAUGCAACCAUCGCAGCUUCUUGGAGGUCGUGGGCUGGAGAUAUUACCGCUUGGGGCAUCCUGAUCGCCACAAGCGCCUAUCGCAGUUCGAAACCCACAACAAAGACGUUAAAAGCUCCUACAGAAAGAUCAGGACUCGAGCGAUGCAGCAUCUCAUGGAUCACUAUGACCAGCUUUCCUUCGAUGCCAACACAGCGGACUUGUAUGUUAUCGUCAAAGAGUCCAUGAACAUCCUCUGCGAGAUCAAACACGUCGAUACUUCUCUUGCUUCGGCCAUCGUGGCUAGCUGGACGCCCUUCGGGAUCUACAUGAGCGAAGAGUUGGUACAAUACAUAACUGGUAAAAGAAUGAAUCACGACUCUCCCCCGCCUCAGUACGAUUCAGUGUACUUCCCAGCGAUGGAAAAAUUGAAGAGCAUGUACCAGAAGGGCCAAAUGAACAGCGGCAGGGAGUUGGAGAGAUUUGCCUGGAGCGUUUGUUGGUGGUCUCACCAUGCUGUGAAGGAGGAGGAAGAUCAGGUUACCUCGAUCGCAACCUCAUCUUUAGUGUCAGAUGAUCGACAAGAGUCAGCGCGCUCCCCUACUCCACUGCCGAAUGCUGACGAGGUCGUCGAUGCCACCUUGGCUGACCUUCGUUCGCGGGCUGUCACCCCAGUGUAUCAGCCCGACAUUCAGCCGCUCACUCCCCCCCCUCAAUGGAUUGGUCAACGUACGCCAUCCCCACCGCCGCCUGAUUGCCACAUCCCCACUAAUGGUGAGAUCGCCGGGUGGGCUGAACGGUACGUCGUGGCUGACUUGGUGGUGCGAGUGGCUGGCCAGUACUUUCCUCUCGACUGGGAAGUACCUGCGGGGUCGGCAGCUGAAAAGCGUUUGCACCGUCUGGUAAUGCUACGACUAACCGAAGGCUGCAUGCCUUGGCCGAGUUGGCAGUGUCGCCGCUGCUUCAAUCUGGGUGUACCCUGCUUCGCCUCGGCGUUUGCCAACCCAUACGGCGAGCGUAGUCGGAUCCCUCGCGCCUGCACGCACUGCCACCUCGCCGGUUUGGGACAUUGCGAGCGGAACAUCCCUGCAUACCCUGGGAUGGAGUAUCUGGGCGAUGGAACGCCUAGUAUGCAGCCUCGAGGCUUGCAUCGCGCCGAACGCGCUCAUCUGACCGUCGCCGACGGUCUUGGACCGGGUGUCGUUCGUUCUGAGGACCGGGUGGUCGACCCCGUGUCGACGCAAGGAUGGGCAGCAGCAAUGCGUUACGUAUGGCGCCUGGCCAAUCGUGAGCUGGUGAGUCCGCUCCUGCAGGUGUACAUGAUCUAUGUUGAACACCACGACCAACUACUCUCGGAGUGCCAACCGCACGAGUCAGUUACAGAGGUUGGUGGUCCUCCUGGUCGCAUCUCUGAGUGCGUGCUCCCUACCGUGGACGAAGGGUUGAUUCGCGCGACUCAUGCUGUUCGAGACGUUCGUACUGGCUACGCCGACAUGUAG